AUGUCAGACUCAGUCGAUCGAGUCUUUGUCCAUGCGCUUAAUACUGUGAAAAAGAUUCCCCGGACGGGGUCGGCCAGGCCGCCUCCGUCUGACCGGUUGAAGCUCUAUGGAUUAUACAAACAAAGCAUGGAGGGCGAUGUGGAAGGUGUAAUGGAUCGACCGGUUGGUGAUGCUGACGUCCAGGCGGAGAAAGAGAAAUGGGACUCGUGGUAUGCACAACGCAACAUAUCUCGAACGGAAGCGAAACGACGGUAUAUAACGACACUUAUAGAGACUAUGCAUCGCUAUGCGUCUCCGACUCCGGAGGCACAGGAGCUUAUAUCUGAGCUGGAAUUCGUUUGGGACCAGAUCAAGUCUAAUACUUCACCCUCAUCCUCGAACCCGGACCAAGGCAUAAGCGUGUCGGGCCCGGCACAUUUACAAUCGCACACUAGCUACGAUAACAUUGGAAGUAGAAUAGCGCGACAGGAAUUCGAUGAUGCUGGGAGGGACUCUAGGCUCCGCGUAUUGAGCCCUGUAAGUCAGCCAGACGGAGGAUUGAGGCGACAACGCUACGGCAGCCAGUCCGAAAGAGAACAUGACCAAAGCUCGGGGGAUAGGGACAGGGAGGAAGACGUGGAAGGCGAAGAGGGAGAAGAGCAAGACGAUGAAGAGGAAGAGGAAGAGUUCCAAGAAGCUAGGAAUAGCUUUUAUGAGAAUGGAGAACCUGGUGAAGACCCACGGCUUCAGCAGCCACAACCACCCGCGAGGGUUGGGCAGCGACAUUACCAAAGAUGGCAAAAACGCGUUGAGCAGGCCUUGACGAAAAUGACCGUCGAAGUUGCUGCGGUAAGAGAGCAGCUAGAAUCACGCAAAGCAUUCGAGCAGAAGAAAUCCGGUAUAUGGGCAUGGUUAAAAUGGCUGGUUUGGGUCGCUGUACGGCAACUAUGCUGGGACCUUGCUCUUCUGGGAAUACUUCUCAUAUAUAUCCGCUUGCGGGACGAGAGACGGCUUGGGAGGACACUCAAGUCCGCAUGGCUCGAAGUCAAGCAGAGAUUAUCCAAUAUCCGAAUAUUCCGGCGGUAG